CCAUCGCGGAGCCCAGCCCACGGGGCGGCCGCCCGGCACUACCUGCGGCCCCGCUUCAACUCCUCGGCGGCCGCAGUGCGAGAGCGGCCGGCGGAGCUGCCGCAGCGCCUGGAAGCAGGUAGCAGCACAAGCUUCCUACCCUGUGGCCGUUGAUACAGCCCUGUGAAGCAGCUGUUCUUUGGCACUCCUGGGUGUGCAGUUUUGUUCUGUAGGGUAAAAAUGAAUGUCGGAGUUGCCCACAGCGAGGUGAAUCCAAACACGCGGGUGAUGAACAGCCGUGGAAUGUGGCUGACGUACACGCUUGGAGUUGGCCUGCUUCACAUCGUCCUGCUCAGCAUUCCUUUCUUUAGUGUCCCUGUGGCGUGGACUUUAACAAAUGUGAUUCACAACCUGGGAAUGUUUGUCUUCUUGCAUGUAGUGAAGGGGACUCCUUUUGAAACACCCGAUCAGGGGAAAGCAAGGCUCCUGACACACUGGGAACAGCUGGAUUACGGAGUACAAUUUACAUCUUCAAGAAAAUUCUUCACAAUCUCUCCUAUAAUUCUGUACUUCCUGACCAGUUUCUACACCAAGUACGAUGCGACACACUUCAUCAUCAACACCACCUCUCUUCUCACAGUGCUUAUUCCUAAGCUGCCGCAGCUGCACGGCGUUCGAAUCUUUGGCAUCAAUAAGUACUAGAUGGAAGGUGCGAUGCUGACUGAUCCUGACACAGAUUCUGCUUCUCGGGCAAAGGAAACGAACAGUCUGCUGUUAUCUAAUUGUAUUCAAUGAGAGAUGCUUUUACAUCCGAGAUACAAUUACUACUUCCUUGCAGCACUGUCUGGGUGAAAGCUGAGUUAUUAAGAUGCCUUCAAAUGCUGAGAUGUGAAUAGGAAACCUGUGGAUGGAAGGUUUCCUGAAGCAGCGGGCAGGCCCAGCUCUGCAGUGUAUCAGCACUAUGAGUAGAUGUAGGUCUGGCUGAGGCAGGCAAGGGAGGUGUGAAUAACUGCUGAAACGGGGCUUGAUGUUUCAGCAGUGACUGGUUAGCUGUGAUACAGAUGGUAAUUAAUGAAUAAAUCCAGCAGCCUCCAUUCAAAGCACUGGUAGCGCUUUGUCGGUAGGUGAAAGUAGCUGGUUCCUGCUCUGGAUUGUGAACGGCUGUGUUUGUUAAUGCAUUGUACAAGAUUGUCUCAGUAAACAUGGUGAGAGUUGGUAAAAAGGGA